UCUCUCGAUAGAUCUUUAACAAGAAGUAAUUUGAUUAUCGCUUGUUGUGCUCAGCCUCAAUAACAAGUAACUUUAAAGAGGAUGAUUGUGCAGCUGGCGUUUUCCCUGCUACUUGCGGGAACCGCCUACGGGCGACUGUUCGUGAAUCCUUACCCCAGUCUGCAAGGUGUACGCCGGCUCAAUUUCGGCGACGAUAAAGACUUCGGUCAGCCACUGUUUCUAACGCCGUUCAUUAAAAAUGGUUCCACCGAAGCCGGACGGCAAGCGGCGAAGGUGGUCAACGGUAGUUUUCCGUCCGAUGUUGAGAGCUAUUCCGGUUAUUUUACGGUGAACGAGACGUACAACUCUAAUCUGUUUUUCUGGUAUUUUGCGGCGCACAAUGAGGCUCAGAAUGAUGCACCUGUAGUGUUGUGGCUGCAGGGUGGACCCGGAGCCUCGUCGCUGUACGGUUUAUUUACUGAAAACGGUCCCUUUUCGGUUGGAUCAGACAUGAAACUGGUCCCACGAAAAUUUUCCUGGCAUUUGAAUCAUCAUCUGAUUUACAUUGAUAAUCCCGUUGGAGCCGGGUUCAGUUUUACUGAUCACGACGAAGGUUACAGUGUAAAUGAGGAGCAAGUGGGAGCUAAUCUACACAAUGCACUGAUGCAGUUCUUCCAACUAUUUCCAAACCUCCAAAGCCACAACUUCUUCGUUACAGGCGAAUCUUAUGCUGGCAAAUAUGUGCCAGCCGUAGCACAUACGAUUCAUCGUCAAAACGACAAUUCUAAAGUUAAAAUCAAUCUUAAAGGACUAGCCAUCGGUAACGGGCUGUGUGACCCGUUCCACCAGUUGUACUAUGGAGAUUACCUGUAUCAGCUUGGACUUAUUGAUGCCAAUGCAAGAGACCAAUUCCACGAGUACGAAAAGAAGGGCCGGGAUUGUAUCAGUAAAAACGACUUCGACUGUGCGUUCGAGGUUUUCGAUGAGUUAAUCAAUGGAGAUCAAACCGCGAGCGGUUCGCUGUUCAAAAACGUGUCCGGCUUCGAAACCUACUUCAAUUAUCUGGAAACAAAACCCGACAAGAAAGAUCAAUAUAUGGGCGAAUUCUUGCAGCUGCCGGAAACGCGGCGGGCGAUCCAUGUUGGAAACAACUCCUUCCACGAUUUGGACAGUGAAAACAAGGUCGAACAACAUCUGAAGCAGGAUGUGAUGAAAUCGGUCGUCCCGUAUCUGCAAGAACUGCUGACGAAGUAUCGCGUUGCCAUCUACAAUGGACAGCUGGACAUUAUCGUGGCCUAUCCGUUGACGGUGAACUUCUUGCAUCAUCUAAGUUUUCCGGGUCACGAGCAAUACCUGAAGGCACCACGAUACAUCUGGAAAGUCGACGGCGAAAUUGCCGGCUAUGCUAAGGAAGCGGGAAACCUGGUGGAAGUGCUGGUACGUAACGCGGGCCACAUGGUACCGAAGGAUCAGCCCAAGUGGGCUCUGGAUCUGAUCAUGAGACUGACGCACGGUAAGGGAUUCGCUAGGAGAGUUGCAAAACGAGGGCACUAAUAAUAACCAAUUCCAGAGAUUAAAUAAUACU